UUUCCAACCCCUUUAAAUUUCAACCCCCAUUUCAUUUCCUCUCAUCUCAUCUCAUUUUACUUCUCAAAAACAACAAUGGCUGCUUCUGCUCCUGCUUCAACUUUCUCUCUCCUACUACUAGUAGCAGCAGCUAUAAUCUCCUGCUUCGCAACCACAACCUUAUCAUCCACCUUCACUGAUGAAAAUCCCAUCAGAUUAGUAUCAGACGGUUUACAAGACAUUGAAUCUUCCAUUUUCUCUCUCCUCGGAAACACUCGUCAUGCUCUCUCCUUCGCUCGAUUCAUCCACAGACAUGGGAAGAGGUAUGAGACUGCUCAUGAGAUGUUGACGAGAUUUGAAAUUUAUCGGGAGAAUUUGAAGUUGAUUAGAUCGUCUAAUAAGAAGGCGCUUUCAUACAAACUUCAUGUUAAUCAAUUUGCUGAUUGGACGUGGGAAGAGUUUCAAAGGCAUAGAUUGGGAGCUGCUCAAAAUUGCUCUGCCACCCUCAAGGGAAGUCACAAGUUGACUCGUGCUGUUGCUCCUCAAACGCAAGAUUGGAGAGCUAAGGGCAUUGUUAGCCCAGUCAAAAAUCAAGGCCACUGUGGAUCUUGCUGGACAUUCAGUACUACUGGAGCUUUGGAGGCAGCUUAUGCACAGGCAUUUGGGAAGAAUAUCUCCUUAUCCGAGCAACAGCUUGUUGAUUGUGCUGGUGCAUUUAACAAUUUUGGUUGCAAUGGUGGUUUGCCUUCACAGGCUUUUGAAUAUAUCAAGUACAAUGGGGGUCUGGAUACUGAAGAGGCUUAUCCAUACACAGGAAAGGAUGGUGAAUGUAAAUUCUCAGCCCAAAAUGUUGGCGUUCAAGUCCAUGGUUCCGUCAAUAUCACCCUCGGAGCUGAAGAUGAACUCAAGGAUGCUGUGGCAUUCGUCCGUCCUGUGAGUGUUGCAUUUGAGGUUGUUAAUGGAUUCAGGUUCUAUAAGGAGGGAGUUUACACCAGUACAACUUGCGGCAGCACUCCCAUGGAUGUGAACCAUGCUGUUCUUGCUGUUGGAUAUGGGGUGGAAGAUGGGGUCCCAUACUGGAUUAUCAAGAAUUCAUGGGGAGAAGAUUGGGGUGACAAUGGAUACUUCAAGAUGGAGAUGGGCAAAAACAUGUGUGGUGUUGCUACAUGUGCAUCAUAUCCCGUUGUAUCAGCAUGAAGCUCCUUCAAAAACGCAUGAAGAAUGAUUCCAAAUUAUGCUUUCUUUUGGUUUCAAAGUUCGAGGACGUUGCUACAACCAGAAUGCUUAUACAUAGUUGAUGAUGUUAGGCUGUGUUGCUUGUAAAUCAUUGUCAUUUCCUUUCAAGCAACUCUGUAUAAAAUAUUUAUAACUCUGAUAUAAGAAGAUUAAGAACUCUCCUAAGGCAUACAUAGAAUAGUGGGAUAUGGGAUGUACCAAAUUGGUGAGUCUCAAAGUACUUGUGUUGUAUCUGUUCAGAGUUGGUAAUAAUAAAAAUAAGCUCAUUUGAUACAAGGUAAA